CCCGUUUUGUUUGCACAUAGGAGAGGAGCUAUCUAAGCCAAGACUUGUGAACAAAAUAUGUGUUAGAAAACCAAAAAGAAGAGCGUUAUUGGCUCCAACCUUACCCUUAUCCUAUCCACCACCACCACCUUCUUCAUUCUCAUUCCCUUCUCCUCUUCUUCUUCUCCCUUCUCUUUCUCUCCCCUUUUCACCUCUCUUCUUCCCAAACCCAUAAUCCUUUUCCUUUUUCCUGUCUCUAUGUUCCCUCCACUCCAGCCAGCCAAUCUCCAGUAGCUCCUUCUCAUUGUUCAUUUGCUGCUCACAAGGCUGUUUGCUGAGUUGGGUUCUGCUCAGUUUUUUUGUUUUUGUUUUUGGUGUUUGUAAAAGAGAAAACAAAGGAUAAAAAAAAAAACCCGAAUUGGACCGAGUAAAGAAUAGAGGAGGAAUUUGGUUGGUGGAUUUCGGCCAUGCAGAGUAGGGGAAGGGAAAAGAUUCAUUAGAUUCUUCGAUUAACUCGAAGCAAAGCUAGCUUUGGUUUUUUGUUAUUUCUGGCCAUCAUUGCUUUCAUCGGGUUGGUGGGUAUAAUUUGAGUUCUUUGGGAGGGAGGAAACGGAAAUGGCUCCCAAAACCGGCAAGACCAAGCCUCACAAAGCCAAGGGCGAGAAGAAGAAGAAGGAAGAAAAAGUUCUGCCGACGGUCAUUGAAAUCGCCGUUGAGACGCCGGACGAGUCACAAGUCACUCUCAAGGGAAUAUCUACGGACAGGAUCCUGGAUGUGAGAAAGCUACUGGCCGUCCACGUCGAGACAUGCCAUUUAACCAACUUCUCCAUCUCCCACGAGGUAAAGGGACCCAGGCUAAAAGAUUCGGCGGAUAUCAUCUCUCUCAAACCCUGCCACCUCACCAUAGUUGAAGAGGAAUACAGUGAAGAGCAGGCCGUAUCUCACAUCCGCCGGCUCCUCGACAUCGUCGCCUGCACCACUUCCUUCGGCUCGUCGCCGAUCAAGCCGGCCUCCGUCCGUGCGAAUCCUAAGGACGCCGCCGGGAAGGAUGUUAGCUCGACGGAAUCGGAAGCGAGUCAGAGCGACGGCGGGGAUGAUGCCGGCGCCACCAAGUCCAAAGGCGGAGGAGAUAAGAAGGCCGGCGCGGCGGUCAGCAGAAGCAAGAGCUUCGGAAAGGAUGGCUGCACGGAUCUGUCUCCCAAGGGAGAUUCGGCUGCUGCUGCGGCUGCGAUUAACAUGUACCCGCCGCCGCGGCUAGGGCAGUUCUACGAGUUCUUCUCGUUCUCAAACCUAACGCCGCCGGUUCACUACAUUCGAAGAUCUAAUCGGCCGUUCCUCGAAGAUAAAACGAACGAUGAUUUUUUCCAGAUAGAUGUUAGGGUUUGCAGUGGGAAACCAAUGACAAUUGUUGCUUCGAAGAAAGGGUUUUAUCCAUCCGGAAAGCGCAUCCUUCUUUGCCAUUCGCUGGUUAGCUUGCUACAACAGAUUAGCAGGCCUUUCGAUGCUGCUUACACAGCUCUUAUGAAAGCUUUUACAGAACAUAACAAGUUUGGAAAUCUUCCUUAUGGUUUUCGAGCAAAUACAUGGGUUGUGCCACCAGUUGUUUCUGAAACCCCAUCUGUUUUCCCCCCACUUCCAGUGGAAGAUGAAAACUGGGGUGGAAAUGGAGGCGGGCAAGGAAGGACUGGUAAACAUGAUCACAGGCCGUGGGCAAAGGACUUUGCCAUUUUAGCUGCAAUGCCUUGUAAAACUGCAGAAGAGAGACAGAUCCGUGAUAGGAAAGCCUUUCUGCUCCACAGUUUAUUCGUCGAUGUUUCUGUUCUCCGAGCUGUUAGGGCAAUCAAGCAGAUUAUUGAUACUAAUCAGUGUUCUCUAAGUAAGACUGGCCUGUUUCCCCAUGAGGAAAGAGUUGGGGAUUUACUUAUUAAGGUGACAAGAGAUGACUCUGAUGCAAGCACCAAGUUAGAUCGUAAGAAUGAUGGUAGCCUGGUACUUGAACUGCCACGGGAAGACCUCGCGCGUCGAAAUCUGCUUAAGGGCAUUACUGCUGAUGAAAGUGCAACUGUUCAUGACGUUUCUACCCUCGGAGUUGUGAUUAUCCGACAUUGUGGAUACACAGCUGUUGUGAAAGUCUCGGGAGAUGUGGACUGGAAGGGGAGUCCUAUUCCUCAGGACAUUGAUAUUGAAGACCAACCAGAAGGAGGUGCCAAUGCCUUGAAUGCCAAUAGCUUGAGAAUGCUAUUGCACAAGUCGCCAACAUCUCAAUCGCCGAAUACGAGCCAGAGAUUACAGAGUGGAGACGCUGAAAAUGCGCGUUCUGCGAGGGCACUUGUCAGGAAGGUACUGGAGGAAAGUCUACAGAAGUUGCAUGAAGAACCCAGUAAAAGUGUCAAGUCCAUCAGAUGGGAACUAGGCGCGUGCUGGGUUCAACACUUGCAAAAUCAGGCCUCAGGUAAAACCGAUCCUAAACAACCUGAAGAGAAAAAGCCUGAGCCUGCUGUGAAGGGACUGGGAAAGCAAGGCGCUCUGCUGAAGGACAUAAAGAAAAAACUAGAUGUAAAAAAUGGUAAAACAGAAGAGGGAAAAGAUAUUUCUUUAACUGAGACUAUGAAGAAAUCGGAUGGCACGGAUCAGAAAGAAGAGGAGAAGAAGAAACUUGAAGAUAUGGAGGUCAUUUGGAAAAGAUUGAUUCCUGAAGCUGCAUAUCUGCGGCUUAAAGAAUCUGAAACUGGUCUUCAUCUAAAGUCGCCUGAGGAGUUGAUUGAAAUGGCACAUAAAUACUAUGCAGAUACCGCUCUUCCGAAACUGGUAGCAGAUUUUGGCUCCCUCGAGCUGUCUCCGGUUGAUGGAAGAACAUUGACAGAUUUUAUGCAUACAAGGGGUUUACAGAUGUGUUCUUUGGGGCGUGUGGUUGAGCUUGCAGACAAACUCCCCCAUGUGCAAUCACUCUGUAUACAUGAAAUGAUUGUUCGAGCCCACAAGCACAUAUUGCAAGCUGUUGUUGCUGUGGUAAACGACGCUUCUGAGCUGACUGCAUCGAUUGCAGCAUGCUUGAAUAUAUUGUUGGGAACUCCUCUACCUGAAACAGAGGAUGCAGAGAUUGUUGAGGAUGAUAAGUUAAAGUGGAAAUGGGUGGAAACCUUCCUUUCCAAGAGAUUUGGGUGGCAGUUGAAGCACGAAAGCUGCCAAGAUCUCAGAAAAUUCGCAAUUCUUCGUGGACUUUCCCAUAAAGUUGGGCUUGAGCUCCUUCCCCGGGACUACGAGGUGGAUACUGCAUCUCCUUUUAGGAAGUCUGAUAUCAUAAGUAUGAUCCCUGUCUAUAAGCAUGUUGCAUGCUCGUCAGCAGAUGGACGGACAUUAUUGGAAUCAUCCAAAACUUCCUUGGAUAAGGGGAAGCUGGAAGAUGCUGUUAAUUAUGGCACCAAGGCACUCUCAAAGCUGGUUUCAGUCUGUGGCCCUUAUCAUCGGAUGACUGCUGGAGCGUACAGUUUGCUUGCUGUAGUUCUUUACCAUACUGGUGAUUUUAAUCAGGCAACCAUUUACCAGCAGAAGGCAUUGGACAUUAAUGAAAGGGAGCUUGGACUUGACCAUCCUGAUACUAUGAAAAGCUACGGGGAUCUAGCCGUCUUCUACUAUCGUCUUCAACACACAGAAUUAGCAUUGAAGUACGUCAACCGGGCACUCUAUCUCUUGCACUUAACGUGUGGACCAUCUCACCCCAACACAGCUGCCACAUAUAUCAACGUGGCGAUGAUGGAAGAAGGAUUGGGAAACGUUCAUGUUGCUCUUAGGUAUCUUCACGAGGCUCUGAAGUGUAACCAGAGGCUACUUGGGGCUGACCAUAUUCAGACUGCUGCCAGCUACCAUGCCAUUGCAAUCGCUCUUUCAUUGAUGGAAGCUUAUUCCUUGAGCGUCCAGCAUGAGCAGACUACGCUACAAAUCCUGCAGUCGAAACUUGGGUCUGAGGAUUUACGCACUCAGGAUGCUGCAGCCUGGCUCGAGUAUUUCGAAUCCAAGGCUCUCGAGCAGCAAGAAGCUGCGCGUAAUGGCACUCCCAAGCCUGAUGCCUCCAUCUCCAGUAAAGGCCACUUGAGUGUGUCGGACCUUUUGGAUUACAUAACUCCAGACGCAGAUCUAAAAGCAAGAGAGGCCCAGAAGAAAGCACGCGCAAAGCAGAUUAAAGGAAAACCAGGCCAGAAUGGGGAACCGGGCGUUUCAGAAGAAUACCAGAAGGACGAGGAAACACCACCCCCAACUUCCCACGUCGAGGAUAACUCCAGCGACAAGGAGAACAAAUCCGUGGCCCAGUUCGAUGCUCCACGAGACGAGAAAAAGCCCGAUCAGAACCAGUCCCAGUCGAUAUCGAUCAAGACCGACGUAGUCAUUGUUACUACCCAGGAGGAGGACUCCGACGAAGGGUGGCAGGAAGCCGUCCCCAAAGGCCGCUCCCCUGCUAACCGAAAACCUUCUGCUCCAGGUGGCGGUUCGAGGAGGCCGAGCCUUGCGAAGCUCAACACCAACUUCAUGAACAAUGCCUCUUCCCAGUCGAGAUUCCGCGGAGGGAAGCCGAGCCCGAACGACUCUGCUUCUCCUGCUUCCGCUGCUGCGGCAGUUGCUGUUCCCGCCAAGAAGUUCGUUAAGAGCGCGAGUUUCAGCCCGAAAGUCAACCAAGCCGUUGGUGGACAGGAGAAAGUUGCGGGAAAUCCCAAAUCUGCCCCUGUGACUCCAGCUACUAACGACGUAGUUUUGAGACAACCGGUUUCGGCGGGAAGCCAGAUCAGCGUUCAAGCAGCUGGGAAGCUCUUCUCUUACAAAGAAGUUGCUCUGGCUCCUCCAGGGACGAUCGUGAAGGCGGUGGCCGAACAGGUUCAGGUUCUGCCACCCCCGAAGGAGGGGACUCGUUCGAGAGAACCGAGUCCCGAAAUCUCCGCUACUCCUACUACCGAUUCCUCGAGUUCAAAAAAUGGAGAGGAAGGAACAAAGCCACCACCACCACAAACAGAACAAUCAGCCGAGACUAAGGAAGCAGAAACAAAGCCUGCCGAAACUCGAGCUUCUGCCACCGCCGACGAAGUUGGGAUUCAGGAAUCAGGAAAUGCAGUUGAGGAAGAAGUGUCAUCGACCAAUGUGGGAUUGCCCCAAUCCGCUGCUGCACCCGAUGAACAGCAAGAAGCAGAGGAGAUUCUUCAACCAGGGGAGAAACAGAGUGAAGCCGAGAAUGGAAAGGAAGGAACGAAGAAGCUAUCAGCAGCUGCACCCCCGUUCAAUCCAUCUCAGAUUCCGACGACAGCAGCGAUCAUUCCGACUUUCGGCUCUGUCGGGGUUCCGGCGUUUAAGGACCACGGUGGGAUUCUGCCUCCGCCGGUCAACAUCCCUCCGAUGCUCUCGGUCAACCCGGUAGCGGUACGGAGGUCUCCUCACCAGUCGUCGGCUACGGCGAGGGUGCCAUAUGGUCCCAGGCUGGCCGGUGGGUACAACAGGUCCGGAGGGAACAAUCGGGUCCCAAGAAACAACAAACAUUUCCACACUGCCGGUGAAAAUGUCCCCGCCGGUGACGGGAAUCAGUUGAGCCCUCCAAGGAUUAUGAACCCACAUGCUGCUGAGUUCAUUCCUGGCCAAACUUGGCUCCCCAACGGCUACCCGGCCGGCUCCCCCAACGGUUACCUGGCUGCUCCUCCGACAAUGACCAACGGGUUCCCUGUUUCUCCGACCGGCAUUCCUCUGUCCCCCAACGGAUACCCGGUGGCUCCGAUGAACGGGUUCCAGGAGUCUCCUCCUGUUAGUCCCGUCGAAGCCACUGCCACCGCCGAAAACAACCAAACUGAAACCGCCGCGGAGAAGAGCGGCGGAGUUGAGAGUUCAUCUCCAGAAGCAAGAUGAUGAUCACAAUGAGGUGGUGGCUGAGAGUGCCUCCACAGAGGAAGGAGAACAGUUGGCUGAUUCAGUAUCCGUUCCUGCUGAUAAAGUGGCGAAUCCGAUCGUCGAGGAGAAACAGGGCAAGUCGUGGGCGGAUUACAGUGACAGUGAAGCCGAGGCUGUCGUGGACGUUUCGUGUUGAAGGGAAGAUCGACAUCUGAAUUCGGAACAACAGGAAACGAAACCCUUGAUCCAUUUUGUAGAUUGUAAGGUUGAUAUGCCUUAGAGAAUGAAGGAGAGAAGAACUGAAGAAGGGUGAAAAUGCAUUUGCCGGUCAGGGAAGAGAAACAAAGCCUAGAAUAGCAGCAUUGGCGAAGAUGGACGACGAGCAUUUCGCCGCCGGCCACAGAGAAUCGCCGGUAUCGUUUUAUUUGCAGCUUUCCGACAUUUGUUCGUUCGUUUUGUUUUUGUUCGUCUUUCGUCUUAUAUUCUUCCUUCAUUGCUGAAGAAACCUUUUUUUUUUAUCGGAUGAUGGCACAUGAAGGUACUCAGUAAUAAAUCGAAUCACAUUGAACGAGUAUGAAUAUUAAGAUACGAAACUCGCCCAACGAGAUUGUAAUUCCUAGCUCUACUACAAUUAUUUCUACAAUUGAGCUGAAGCGUCAGAGAUAACAUUACAAAUAAAUCCGUUACAGACAAACAACAAUUGACCGCCAAAACGUUUCCCCUCUCUCUCUCAACACGAAGGCGUCCCCUGCCGGAAAUGCAUGAUGAUGAGCGUCGCAAGGCUGUGAGCCACGGCAGCCAUAACCACAAACACAUGGAAGAUCUGGUGGCUCUGCCCGGCAAUGUCGAACACACCAGGCCACCACCGCUCCGGUAUCCUCCCGACGUAGAACCCUGCUCCGGCGGCAUACAGAACCGCCAUGAUCACCUCGAGCAUGACCGAGAUGAACACGUGCGGGUGGCCCCAGUGGAUGGACACGGCAUGGACGGCGGGGACGAUUCCGGAGAAGCCCAUGACGAGGAACAAGGUGGCCCGGAACCUGCGGUACUCGGGGGCCGAGAGCUGGGGAGAGAGCAGGGUGAUGAUGGCCAUCACGCCGACGAUGGUGAUGGUGGUGAGGUAGACGAAGCGGGAGAUCGGGUUGCAGUGGAAGAUGUAGUAGAUGGGUGCGUAGAAGGAGGAGACGAUCAUGAUGGAGAUUCCGGCGUAGUCGAGCCGCCAGAAGAAGAGGUUGAAGGUCUUGGAGUGGCAGGCGAGGAGGUGGGAGAGUGAGCUGCAGAUUAGGCAGGUCAUUGCUCCGGCUAGGUAGACGAACCACGGCCAUUGUGCGAUGGGCUCCGAUCCGGCUUCCAGCUCUGAUAUUCGCCGGAGUUGUUGGUCCUGAACCAAGCUGUUAUCAGAGACGUUGAAAUCACUGCCAUUGUUCAUUAUCAGUGCCAUCAACGGUCCAGAAGCUUGACCACUCGACAAAUCGGUGAGAAAUCCUCCGAUCUCGUCUAAUUUCCCCAAGCAGCUCAUCACCGUCAGUCCAGCAAAGAUCAGAAAUCCUCCCAAAUGCGUCCAGAUGUUUAGGGUUUCGUUGUGCCAGGAGAAGACGCUCCACAGCGCGUCCCGGAGCGGCCACUCCGACCGGUAAUGGUCGAGGAUGAACUCGUUGUCUUUCAAAAACUCCGGCAGGUCCUUGAAUUUCACCAGCCUCCUCUCGAACCUCUCCUUCUCCUUCCUCCUCCGAUCUCCUCCGCCACCGCCGCAGCAUGAGAACGAAGUAGUAAUCACUUCCUCUUCCUCCUCCUCCACCAUCGCCGCCGCGUUCGUCUUCCUCCGUACGCCGCCGCUCAUUUCCCUGACGAGAGGAAACAAAUGAGUACUCCGUUCUCCGGCGAGUGACGCGGCCGUGGAUCCGAUCGGGAAAGCUUCCCCUCUACUUUCGCUCUCUCUUUCUCUCUGUUUUUAGCUUCUUCUUCGUUUUUUGCUGCUUUACCAUUUUUCUGGUUUCCUGUUUCGAGGGAUUUAUAA